AUGCUCAUAACCGUGAGGUUCACACAUGUGCCUUUUGGGGAUGGAGAAAGAGGCAGUCGAGGAUGUGGCUGUUGACUGUGGAUGAGGAACAAGAGAAAUACAUUUUGAAAACUUAACGAUGCGCACAUUUUAUUACCGCAAUUAAUUACAAAAACAACGCGGCCAAGGCAGAAAUCUUAGUCACUUUAUCUGCGAUGCCAGCAGGGAUGAUCCCACAGAGAAACACACACAAAAAGAAAGAAAAAGACAGAGAGAGCGAGAGAGAACUGUAGAGAAGAAAGAGAGGCAGACAGACGGAGCGAUGUUAGGGCAGCGAUAAGCUUUAUGAUAGAUGUGACGAGUAAAAUGCUACUACCAAAUAGUUCUGGAGAUUGCAGCUCCUCUCGUAAGUGGAAGCGCGACAGUUUGUCUCAGCAGUCAAGUUCGGUUAAUUGGAGAGCCACAGAGACCCAGAGAGAGAGUGCGAGAGAGAGACUUGGUUGGAAACCUGUUUCUCGACCAAUUAAACGCCAGAGAGCUAGAGGCGCGCUGCCUAAGAGUCUGGUCUUUAGACCUGGCUCAGAGACCGGAGACGAGCGUAGACGUUGAAAUCUGUUGUUGGCGCUUAUCCCAAGACAUUUCGUGUUCUGACGCGCACCGCGAUAGUUCCCAGUCACUGUGAUCCGUCUCUUCCACCAGUAAACGGAGCAAUCCCGAAAGUCUAUGAGCACGCCUGCAGUUCGGAGCAGGAGAAUGGGUUUCAAGCUCGCCAUGUUGCAACGAAAUUACGAGAUGUCGCCCUCGCCAGCGAGCACUUCCCCCACAAAUGCCAACAGCUUCAACUCCACCACCACGAAUAACACCACCAAUGAGUGUCCCCCUGUGGGGGUCCAGGCACCAGCCCAAGUCACGGACUUUAGCAUCAGUCGGAUAUUGGGGAAAGAGGAGCGGAAAUCCCCGAUAGAUGCCUCAACCAACAUUCUGGAUCUCUCCAAAAGUGCAACUAGCCCACCACGAGCAUCAGCCCAAGUUCCGCCAACGAGUGCAGCAUCCCCGUAUAUGGGUUACUCCAUGCUACCGCCUGAUCUAGUGGCCAUGGCGAAUGCCACCAAAUUCUAUGCCCAGUUCUUUCCACAUCUGCUGCCCGCCUAUGCCGCUGCAGCGGCUGCUGCCGGCCUCAGCACUCCACCUACGUCACCCUACCAGCAACAACAGCAGCAGCAUCUACAGAAAUGCUACUUUGCACCCUAUGUGAUCAAUGGUCAGGCUCCACCGCAGCCGCAGCCGCAGCUGAACCCUAGUCUAAUCCGUCCAAAAGCUACAGCAUGCACGCGGACGGACUGCCUGGAAUGCCUUGACUACUACCAAAAGCUUCAGAUUGGCUACAAACACAAGCCCCUGGUAUCGCCAGCUGCCUCCUCCUUUAGUUCGAGUUCGAGUAGCUCCGCCGUUCGAUUCCCUGUGAGGAAUCUGGGCAACACCAGCAGCACCAACAUCUCGCUGACCACCAUCACCAAUUUCAAUAUGAACACGGCACAAGCGACCGCCGGACUCAUGCCAAAGAUGGAUGCCGUCGGCAUGGGAGGCAACAUUAGUUCCAGACGCCACAGCUCCAUCAAUCCCAUUAACCCGUACAAUAGCACUGCAGCCGAGGAGAUCAGUUAUAAGUGCAGGAUAUGCGAGAAGGUCUUUGGAUGCUCCGAGACUUUGCAGGCGCACGAAAAGACGCACAAAUCGCCACGUUACGAGUGCUCGGACUGCGGCAAGGGGUUCUCCCAGCUGCGUAACUACAAGUACCAUCUGUCCGUUCAUCGCGGGACCAAAGAGUUUGCCGCCGAGUGCCCCGAAUGCGGCAAGACCUUCAACGACAAGGGCUACCUCAGCAGCCACAUGAAGAUCCAUCGGAAUCGCAAGGAGUACGAGUGCCCCUACUGCCCCAAGUCGUUCAACCAGCGUGUCGCCUUCAAUAUGCACGUGCGCAUACACACGGGCGUCAAGCCUCACAAGUGUGCCGAAUGCGGCAAACGUUUCUCCCGCAAGAUGCUCCUCAAGCAGCACAUGCGCACCCACAGCGGCGAGAAGCCAUACCAGUGCUCUGUGUGUGGCAAGUCCUUUGCCGACCGCAGCAACAUGACGCUGCACCAUCGCCUGCACUCCGGCAUCAAGCCAUUCAGCUGUCCCCUCUGCCCCAAAGCCUUCACGAAGAAACACCACCUGAAGACUCAUCUUAACUACCACACGGGCUGCAAACCCUACGUCUGCCCGCAUCCGAACUGUAACCAGGCCUUUACGCAGUCCAGCAACAUGCGCACCCAUGCCAAGAAGUGUCAGUACCGACCAUUGGACUCUACUGUCCCCCCACCCUUUACAAGACCCGUAAAGAAGCUGCCACUGGGGGGGCAUAUGCACAUGCAGCUGCAGGUACCCACCAGCCUGGCACUGGUCAUGGCGGCAGCUCCAACGUUUGCCAUGCCACCACCACCGCCUCCAGCCCAGCAAUCCCUGCUCAGCAAUCUAAGGACAUUCUGAGAUAUAUACAGAUGGAUGAGCGCAGGAAGUAUCAAGAACCAAAAGUGUGGCAUAUAAAUAUUAUAGUUUGAUAUUAUUAGUCUGGCAAGAACGUAAGUUCUCAACGCCUCAUAGACUAAUCGAAAUCUAUAAAUGGUAUAUAUCUUAGCUUUGCUUUAUCGAAU